AUGAAGAGCGCCCAGCGCACUCUUAGUGGGGCUGCACGACACGCGGCCGAACAGCGGUGUAUCGCCGAAUUCGUGGGUACCCCCUACGGGAGACUCGCACGAAAUAAGCUGAUGAGAGACGGGAAGGUAUGCGUCCCGCUGUUCGCUUCAGAGCAGGAGGCCCGCACGAAGACAUCAUCAAUGGCAUCGGCUGUGGCGCGGCUCGUGGAAGACACGGACGGUUCUGUCAAGAGUGUCAUGUUGAAAAGGAGAUACACGAGAAUAAAGGGUCAGGACAGGCUCAUGAUUCCCCUUAGUGAUCUGGGCACUGAUUUUGGUAGUGUCUCCGGUGACAUGGAAGAAACGCUGGUGUACGUGCUGUGGGCUCUCGACAACCCGGGGUACGAUCGGAUCCUCGCGGAGAUAAGCACUUGCUUGCUCAGUCUAGAGGGACUCUUGGCACAGGUUUUACACCGGGACCAGGUAUUGGAGAAGAUCACCGAUCAGAUGGCGGGCCGAACACAGGCGGCGACUCGCGGAAACAGUCGACCUCAGCCGCCUCCGUAUUCCGCGUUGUGUGCGUUUCAAGAGGGGACUAUCCUUCGUAUCGUGGAUGGCAGCCAUCUUGACGUCCACAAGAACUACGAGCAGGGUAGCGCUGUCGAAUGCCAGAUUCCGCGUGGAUGGGGAUUACUAUGGCAUGGUCUAUCCGUACACGGCGGCGACGGUUGUACUGCUGCAUGGCUUGCUCGUCUCCACAUCUUUCUCCGUGCGCUUGGUUGUCCGCAGGCGGCAACGGGAAAAAUAGACUUGGUCGACUGA